CAAGUUUCGGUGCUGCGGCUAGUGCAGGAGCGACGACACAGCAGACAACCCGACCCCGUGGAUGACGCCGCUUUCAAGACUAGCACCCCGAGUGCCCUCGGCCAUGGCCUAGAUUCUGCUCGCUGAGGUCUAUGUGCUUCAGCAUGUCUUUCAACAAUGACUUCUAGCGCAACGACGACCCAGCUGGGCCGUCACCUCUGGGGCUCGAUCCGCGACUCCGCCGCCGCGCUCUCCGCGAGGUUCACUGGCCGCCGCCCGCUGCCGAAGUGCCCGUCGGUAGGGAAAUUUCUCCUCUUCAACACUCCGCACCGCCAGAACAUGCGCCCCUUCCACUCGGCUCGGCGGUUUUUCCAGUCUCACCCCUCGCACAUCUCACCCCGGAACGUCCGAAAGAGCUGCACGUCGGGCGGCCUACUGCUUCUUGGGCUGAGCUCUAGCACAUCUUCGACGAGCACCGUCGUGACAACAUGUACCGCAGCGGCGGACUCGGCACUGGUGGGAGGCGCGGGACAGAGAGCGAACUUGAGCCAUUUGGCCAGGCAGAUAUGGAUCAAGAGUCGGCAGGCCAGGGACGGCCGGGCGUGUGCUGGGAAAAGGGCCAGCAGCUCGAGCUCAAAAGGCGAGGAAGACAAGAGCAAUGCGUCCACUACCGACGGGAAGCCAGACGCGCCGCAGCAAAGUCCCUCUACGACGCUAUCUCCCCAAGCGUCUGAGAACGAGUCGCUUGCAGAGUCCAUGUCGAAAUAUCUGCACCUUCCGAAGAUGCCGCAUCGGCCAACAAAGGAGGAGCUGCUAGCCGCCGCCAGCGGGUUUGGUCAGCGCCUAAAAGUGCGCUUCAAGUGGUUCUCGAUCAGGAGCAUGCGGCCUUGGAACGCUGACGAAUGGGGGGCCUUUGUCUCCUGGUUCUUGUUCGGGCACAUUGUGUGGAUCUUGGUCGGGACGACUACCUUCUUCUCCCUUAUCAUCCUCUUCAUCAACACCGUGUUUGCCCAAGAAACGCUCGCGAAGUGGAUCGGCGACUACCUGACGCACUCGGCCGGCCUGACCGUCGUCUUCGAAUCGGCAAUCGUUCCGAAGUGGAAGGACGGCGUCAUCACUUUCCGUAAUGUCUUUGUGUCUCGACGACCUGGCCAAGUCCGGUCGUCCGUGAAGAAGGGGUCCUCCAACGCCGCGGCCGAGGCGGCCGCUGCCAGGAAGGCCGAUCAAGAUCUGGCCGUCGAGGAGGAAGACGACGGCAACUACACGCAAUUCGACGUUACCAUCGAUACCGUCAACGUCACGCUGUCCUUCCUUAAGUGGUGGAACGGCAAGGGUCUCUUGAAAGACGUCGAGGUCAAGGGCGUCCGGGGCGUGGUGGACAGGACGUCAGUCCGCUGGGAUGACGUCGACCGGGACCCGCUCUCCUACAGACAUGAGCACAACCCCGGUGACUUCGAGCUGGACUACUUCAAACUUGAAGACCUGCUGGUCACAGUCCACCAGCCGGGCGGCUUCCGCCCCUUCUCCGUCUCCAUCUUCUCUUGCGAGCUUCCCCAGUUGCGGAAACAGUGGCUGUUCUACGACUUUCUCAGCGCCUCGCACAUGUCUGGGUCGUUUGACGGGUCCCUGUUCACCAUCCACCCUCGACAGAUACAUGGGACCCCUUCCGCCGCGGAAAGGCGGCAGGCCGAAUCUGACGAGGCAUCCGCUUGGAAGAAGUUCUCGCGGCUACGAAUUGACGGCCUGAAGAUCGACCAUCUGAAUCGGGGCGUCGAGGGGCCGUUUGGCUGGAUAUACGAGGGAAACGUCGACAUAGUGGCCGACAUCAUGUUCCCGGCCGAUCCCGCCGAGGGCAUCGGCAAGGUCGUAGCCGGGCUCUACGACAAAAUGGAGGAAGCCGUCACGAGCAACCGGUACCUUAAAAUUCUCGAACAGUCCAGCAGCCGGAACCGCCGGCCUGAAAUCGACGUGAUCGACAACUCCACGUCGGGCAUAUUCUACGACCGCAACCACAAUCACGACGACAAUAACAACAACCACGACGACGCCGCGGCGGCCCCUCCGGCCGAAAGCGGACCACCACCAAUACCUCCCCCGGCCAUGCCCACAACCACCCCGGCCAGCCUCGCCGCCGCAGCCGCCAUCUCCCAACAACAGCACGACGGAACGCAGCAGGACGCCGCCGACGCCGAAGCACCGUCCUACCUCGUCAUGGACAUGCGCAUCCACCUCAACGACGUGCGCGCCGCGGUGCCGCUCUUCAACAACCCGCACAUCAGCUACGUCAACCAGGCGCUCGUGCGGCCGAUCGUGGCCUACAUCAACGCCAAGCGCACCUACAUCCCCAUCAACUGCCGCAUCGUCAAGCGCGUCGCCGACUUCGACGGCGCCUGGUCCGUCUGGGACUGCGGCCUCAUGGACGACACCGGGGCCGAGGUCUACGCCGCCUUCGCGCGCGACGUCGAGGACCAGCAGAACCGGGUCCGCCGCUUCAAGCGCGUCGGCCUGUGGACCGUCAGCCUCGUCGUGCAUGCCUUGCUGGCUGGCGUGGCGGGGGAUUUGAUGUAGAUGUUCUCUUUUUUUGGCGUCCUUUGGUUUUUGAUUCUGGUCCCGUUGUGGUGGAUGCGUUUCUCUCAUCUCUCUGCUCUGCGCGUGAUGAGUUUCGUGGAUAUGUAUGUAUAUGGAUGUACGGAUGAACGGGGCGGUAUGUAUGAUUUGUUGGCCACGCGAAAAGAACGAGCCGAGAGAGAGGCUUGACUUGGUAUUUUGAAAGAGGAAGGGCGGGAGAACAACCAUGUUCCAUCCACUGGUCGGCUGCAUGGGAGGAGCAAAACGGCGUCGAUGGACUGGAUGGGCUAUACAUACACAACAACUGUGAUGGUUUGCGGGGCGAACAGCCAAGAUCUGAUACCCCCUUAGUUAUUCUUGUAUCAGAUAUACCACGAUUGGAAGAGCAAAUGGGGGGAUCGGGGGUCGAAAAAAAGGGGGUGUAAACACGAGCGAAUAUCCC